UUUAUAAAUAUAUUACUUCGGGAAUAUAAGGAUUAUUUUAAAAUUUAUAUUAAUAAUAUCGUUAUUACCUCGGACUUAGUGAAGGAUUAUAUUAAAUACCUUAAUACUAUCUUUAUACUAUUUAUUUUAAAGAAUAUCGUCCUAUCUUUAAAGAAAUUUUACUUCGGUUACCCUAAUGUUGAAUUAUUAGACUUCUAUAUUAAUAACUUCGGCCUAUUAAUAAUAAAAGAAUAUAUCCAAACCUUUACGAACCUCGCCUUCCUAAAUAACUUUAAAGUAUUAGAAUAA